AUGUCUACACCUGUAGAAUCAAAUCUGAAACUUACUACACUUGAGUUUGAUGAUUUAUUUGGAGAUGAAUCUGAUUCACUUUUAUUAGAUCCUGGUGAAUAUCAGAGAUUAGUUGGGAGAUUAUAUCUUAUUCUCACCAGGCCAGAUUUAUCUUAUGCAGUUCAAAGUCUCAGCCAAUUCAUGCAGGCUCCUAAAGUUUCUCAUAUGAAUGCUGCCAUUAGAGUAGUGAAAUAUGUUAAGCAAUCACCUGGAUUUGGGAUAUUAUUGACAACACAAUCCACAGAGUCUCUUCAGGCAUAUUGUGAUGCUGAUUGGGGAUCAUGUAUUAAUUCUAGAAGAUCAAUUACUGGUUACCUAAUCAAGUAUGGAGAUUCUCCAAUAUAUUGGAAAUCCAAGAAGCAGUCUACUAUUUCCAAAAGCUCUGCUGAAGCAGAGUAUAGGAGUCUGCCUCCACUGUUGCAGAGAUUGCUUGGAUUAUUGCAAAGCAGCUAUUCAGAUUGCUGCUAA